AUGUGGCAAAAGCAGGGCAAGGUAGUCGACGAUAGGUACGUUUCGUACUUGCAGAUGGCCGGAUUUUACCAUCUUGCGAGACUGAACGAUAGAUGGUUCAGAUUGGAUGAGCCCAUUGUCAGUGUGUUCGUCAAGCGGUGGCGAUCAGAGACGCACACGUUUCACAUGCUGUUCGGCGAGUGCACGAUCACACUACAGGACGUGGCGUACCAGUUGGGGUUGCCCGUCGACGGACGCUACGUCAGUGGUUGCCUGACGGAUUUCCACCUCUACAUCCAGGGAGGCCGUCCAGCCUGGGAGUGGUUCCAGGAGUUGCUUGGAGCCGACGAGGAGACACUGAGGCGCUAUGCUCGUGCCUAUAUCAUGAUGCUGUUGGGCACUCAGCUGUUUGCUGACAAGUCCAGCAACCGUAUUCACAUCAGAUGGCUACCUUAUAUGGCUAGGCUUGAGGAGAUGGAUGGCUACAAUUGGGGGUCGGCAGCACUAGCGUGA